UUGGCUGGCCGCAGGGUCACGUGUUCCAGCGGCCGUCCGUCUAUUUGACAGCCGCAGGAUGGCUGCAUGCCAGAGGGGGAUGAAGAGACACAGAGAGGGGAGAGAAAGAAAAAUUAGUAUUCUCCUACACAGCCUCGCUAUAAAUCAAUCAUGGAGUCCUACGUGGUGAGCUGUAAAUAUGCUGAGCCGCAGUUCCCGCCUUGUGAAGAAGAUUACAGUAAUUUUAGUGACCAACGGGGGUUUUACAACAACCCCCAGGACAGUGGUGGUUAUGGAGGAGGCUAUCAGGCCAUGCAUCCUCCUCAGCCUCCUGCAUACACACCACAACACACCAACUAUCUCUCCUCAGGGCGCCGGGAGGAUGGAGAUGGAGAUGGAGAUGGAGAUGGAGAUGGAGAGCACCAAGGUGCGUCGUUCCGCGGCUGCAGAGAGGCAGAUGGACCCGGCAAGGAGUCGAGGUUCUCGGUCUCGGUGGGUGACCUGCAGGGCCAGGCCUGGAUGACCUGCACCAAGCCCGCUCAGGUGCAGAGGAAAACGGCCUGCCAGGGCAGAGACAAGCCGCCUAUUGUUGUCUACCCGUGGAUGAAGAAAGUGCACAUCGCUCACGUUAAUCCGAACCAUACGGGUCCGGAGCCAAAGCGCCUGCGGACGGCCUACACGCGCCAUCAGGUCCUGGAGCUCGAGAAGGAGUUCCACUUCAGCAGGUAUCUCACGCGCCGCCGCCGCGUCGAGGUGAGCCACGUGCUUCACCUGUCCGAGCGGCAGGUAAAGGUGUGGUUCCAGAACCGGCGCAUGCGCUGGAAGAAGGACAACAAGCUGCCCAACACCAAAGGAAGGAGCAAAAACAAGAAGGACAACAACAACAACAACAACAACAACAACAACAACAACAACAACAACAACAACAACAGCAGCAGCAGCAGCAGCAGCGACAGUAACGUCUGAGAACUGAAGCUGCAGUCUGAAGCUGCAGUCAGAAGCUGCAGUCAGAAGCAUGUUGGCACCUUCACUCUCCAAAAACUGAUGAUGCUAAAUGAUCCAGGGUGACUGAAACUAUUCUGCUUUAAAAAAAAAAUACAGGCUAUCCAUCUAAAUAAGGCUUUAUAAAAUUCACUUGUGUAUUUUUGCCUUAUAUAUCUUUUACUUUUUAAAUAUUCGCAAUUUUAGUCUGAUAUUUAAUUAAUGAAUGAAUGUUUUGAGUCUUAACUUUAGAUAAAAGUCAAGGUAGAUGGUCUGACAUCUCUCACAUUUAGACAUCCAAUAAUUAAUAUUGGUUUGGAGAGAUGCGUCUUUUUUGGAGAAAACAGGGUUUUUUAUUUCUACAGGGUAAAACAUAAUACAGGGUUUUAUAAUAGCUACCUAAAAAUAAUAAAAUAGCCUAACUUAUGAAUAUGCACAUUACCAAAAUUUCCACAAACUGGCGCUUAAAGGGUUAAAAAUAAUAAAUAGCAGAGCAGACACGCCACUUUGCUUGGCGGCUGAUUUAGCUGGACAAAUAAUGUUUUUAUUUUGUACAUAGAAGAGGCUCCAAAAAGAAUGCAUAUGUAGAAGGAGAAGUAGCCAUAUCGUGCAGAAUUUCUUUUAAAUCUCCAAAAGUGAAUCAACUUUUCAAUAGUUUAGAGGAAAAGUUAUACAUUUGUACGCACGGGGAUAUAAAUAAAUAAAAAACAGCCAAAUUGGUGGUAGAGGUUUUAAAUGCACGACUGUAAAUCCACCGUGUUUUCUCAGGUUACAGGGUUUUAACGAAAUGUUCUGAUGUUGUUUGAUUUAGAGGUUUAAAAUAUAAACUCUCUGAAACAACAGUGGGUUGCAUUUUCAAAGAAUAUGUUCUCUUGUUUUUUUAUUCCAGUUUAAUAUGCUAUAUUGAUUUCUAUUAUAGCCUACGCCAGUACUUAUUUUAUUUGUAUUAUUUAGAUGCAUAUUUUAUACUUUGUAGCAAUGUUCUUUUUAUAUAUAUAU